UAGACCCUUGGACCUGUGAGGAAGCUUUAGUUCGCGAAAAGCGCUAAGCACAGAGCAGGCAGAGGAAAGAUCUUUAAAGAUGGGCAGCAUCAGCAAAGAGCUCACUUUUGGCACUGACAAUCACCAUCUGCAUGACAAGCGCAUAGGCACCAAAGAACACAUCCUUAGUGACAGCAGAGUGCUAAAGAGGGAUUACCACCAUAGAGUGUUCGUGAAUCGGAGCCUGUCCAUGGAGAAAAUAAAAUGCUUUGGUUUUGAUAUGGAUUACACGCUGGCUAUGUACCGGUCGCCUGACUAUGAGGAACUUGGGUUUGAACUGUUGUUGGACCGGCUGGUCUGCAUUGGAUAUCCUCAUCAGAUACUGGAAUAUAAAUAUGAUCCCACUUUUCCAGCAAGGGGCCUGGUGUUUGAUUGCCACCGUGGGACCCUGCUGAAAGUUGAUUCUAAUGGGAACGUACUUGUCUGCACGCACGGCUUCCGUUUCUUGAAAGGCUCAGAAAUCUGGGAUAUUUACCCAAAUAAAUUCAUCCAGAGAGAUGACACCAAGAGGUUCCAUGUCCUCAACACACUCUUCAAUCUGUCGGAAACAUACCUGUAUGCCUGUUUAGUGGAUUUCUUCAACAACUGUUCUCGAUAUGUAAACUGUGACACUGGGUAUCGCCACGGGAACCUAUUUAUGUCAUUUCAGAGUAUAUUCCAGGACGUGCGAGAUGCUAUGGACUACGUGCAUGACUCGGGCUGUCUGAAGGAGAAAACCUUAACGGAUCUGGAUAAAUAUGUCGUAAAGGAUGCACGGAUUCCUUUACUGUUGAGUCGCAUGAGAGAUGUGGGCAAAGUCUUUUUGGCCACAAAUAGUGACUACACCUAUACAGAUGCCAUCAUGACCUACCUGUUUGAUGUUGGUUGUGGUAUAUGCAAGAACAGUGAUCCCUCACAAAAAUUGUGGCGCUCUUAUUUUGAUCUGAUCGUUGUGGACACCAGAAAGCCUCUCUUCUUUGCAGAGGGCACAGUCCUACGCCAGGUGGACACUAACACCGGAAAACUGAGGAUUGGAACUUAUACAGGGCCUCAUCAGCACUGCGCAGUGUAUUCAGGAGGCUCUUCCGACAUUGUGUGUGAAUUGCUAGCGGUGAAAGGCAAGGACAUUCUUUAUAUGGGGGAUCACAUCUUUGGGGACAUCCUUAAAUCCAAAAAAAGGCAGGGGUGGAGGACCUUCCUAGUGGUGCCAGAACUGGUCAAGGAGCUCAGCAUCUGGACUGAGAGAAGCGAGCUAUUUGAUGAAUUAAAACGUCUGGACAUCAUUUUGGCUGAGUCGUAUCAGCAUAUGGACAGUGGAAGCAACGAGCAUCCCAACAUCAAGGCGAUACAGAAGCAGAUCCAGAAAGCCACCCAUGAAAUGGAUAUGUGUUACGGGAUGAUGGGCAGCUUGUUCCGCUGUGGCUCACGACAGACUCUUUUCUCCAGUCAGCUGAUACGCUACGCAGAUCUCUAUGCCGCCUCCUUCAUAAACCUCUUGUAUUACCCCUUAAGCUAUUCCUUCCAGGCUCUGCCAGUGCUGAUGGCCCAUGAAUCCACUGUGGACCACAUCAGCAUGGAUGGACCAGACUGCAAUAAGAUGCUUGGACAGCAGUUGCAGCAUCUCAACUUGUAUGGAAAAAAGAGGCUAAAGCAACUGAUGGAAGAAGCAAGUGAGGAGGACGAAGAUAAUUGAGAUGUUUACAAUCAUUACAUUCAGCCGAUUAUCUUCAGUACAGCAGGAAUACCUCAAGUCACUGAGCACCUACAGUUUAUUCUCCAGGACAUAAAUACUCUCGUCUGAGACUCACAGUCCAUAAGUAUUAAGUUGUCUUAGGAGGACCACACCAUCCAACUGUUCUGGAACACUCUGCAUCUGCUUCAUAUAUAAGCAGAUAGCACAUCUAGACCUGGAAAGGCCAGCACUGGAGUCUCCCCAUUUUACCGAACUACAACUUCAAUCAUUCUCAGCCAGAUACAGAAAGGCGUAAGGGUGAUAAACUCUGGCAUAGUUUCACAAUAUCAUACAUAAAUGCAUUCACCAACAAUUUCCUUUGUAAUAAUUGGUGAUAAAUAAUGUUUACUACCA